AUGUUCAAAAGUUUUAAUUUCAGAAUAACGCAGCCACAAAAAGUACCGCAUCAGCCACAGCAGUUGCAACAAGGAGCUACUGUAGGCGGCAAUAGUCGUAACAGUAGCAGUAGCAAUAAUAAUACUAAUAGUACCAGUAGCGGUAGUGGUGGUGGCGGUGGUGGUGGCGGUGGUGGCGGUGGCAGUGCCGGUCAUUCGGGCUUCUCUUCUGGCUCAGGUGAUAAAGAAAUACCUACGACAUCUUCUGCUGCAGUAGCGACAGUUCCUGCUAUCGACUACUCGGACUGCAUUAUGUAUGACCAGCAUCCAUCUAUUGCUGAUUCUUACUCAUUAGUUGUUGUUACAUCAGCUGAUACUAAUAGUACCAGUAAUGGCAACAUGACAAUUGGAAAGAUCGACAGUGGCUUAGAAACUCAACUAAGAUCAGAGGGGCAGAGGCAGCAACAGCAAGGAUGUCGAUUGUGUAUCGGAUGCUUGCAAGAAAUACGUGACCCAUUUGUAUUACGUGUCAGUCCGGAUCUCGAAUUUCACGCUGGAUGUCUUAAGUGUGAACAAUGCGGAUGUUAUUUGGAUGAAAGUUGUACAACAUAUAUUCGAGACAAUAAACCAUACUGUAAAGAGGAUUAUAUCAGGAUAACGGAUGCAAAGAAAUGUAUUCGUUGCAAAGAAUACAUCUCAAAGACCGAUAUGGUAAUGAAAAUACGAACGUUAACUUAUCACGCAGCAUGCUUCUCAUGCUCAAGUUGCGAAAAGAAGCUAACAGUUGGAGAAGAAUUCGUUUUUCGAGAACGUGAAGACGAUGUAUUAUGUCGUGUUGAUUGUGAUGCAACUAAUAUUGAGCAACCAUCCUCAAUCAAAACGGAUAUUUAUGGACGAGAAGAUGAAGAUGGAUGGGACGGCUCAACUUUGACAAGUCUGGAUAAUCAAAUGUCAAGUACCCCACCACUUUCACUUCGAAGUCCUAAAUCAGAUGAGAUUGUAACUACAUUUAAUAGUUCGAAAUCACAAAUGAAAAAGAACAAGAAGGACAAACAAUCGACUAGAGUUCGAACGGUCCUUAAUGAGAAGCAGCUAAUGACCCUCAAAGCAUGCUAUGCGGCUAAUGCUCGGCCAGAUGCUAUGAUGAAAGAACACCUCGUCGAAAUGACCGGUCUAAGUCCACGUGUGAUACGUGUAUGGUUCCAAAACAAACGCUGCAAAGAUAAGAAGCGACAAAUUGCAAUGAAACAUUUACAACAGAAGGCCGAAACAGAAAGAGCUAUUACGGGGGUACGAUUGGGCGGAGUUGGUCCACUGAUAGCUGCGUCACCAACACCACAUAGUGACCCGAACUUAAUCGGCAUCCAACCCGUGGAUAUUCACCAAUUUCCACAGAAUCCGAAUAUAUGGUCUGGUUUGGAAGCUAUAAAUGCUCAAGGAGGCAUGCCACAACCUCAGCAUGCAUCACUGCAGCAGUCCACAUUGCAACAGCCUUCACCAUAUGCUCAAAUUAUGCCACCACCGCCACCUCACUAUGCAGAUUUGGGGAACGAUUUGAGUAGCAGUGGUUAUAGUAACAUGAUGUCCGCGACCGGACCAAACAAUCAUCUUUUCUCGGUCAAUAUGGGCACAGACCUCGAAUUUUCGCCUCAAGUGAAUGCUUCUGAUUUAUCAUCGCCAUCAUGCAGCGAGUAG